CGCGGCGCAGCUCGAGAGAGAGCGGCAGAGCGAGCGAGCGAGCGCAGAGAGGAAGCGGAGCGAGCCGAGACCCGGGGCCACCGCGGCGUCGCUGCCAACAGCUGCAAGAGGAGGGCAGCGUGAACGGAGCAGGAUGUCUCCUUUUCUCCGCAUCGCCUUCAACGCCUUUGACCUGGGCGCCCAGCCUCCCCUGCCCGAGCCGCCCUUCUGCGCCAUCAAGAUGAAGGAGUCCCUCAGCACGGAGAGGGGGAAGACGCUGAUCCAGAAGAAGCCGACCAUGUACCCGGCCUGGAAGUCCAGCUUCGACGCCCACAUCUACGAGGGGCGGGUCAUCCAGAUCGUGCUCAUGAAGACGGCGGAGGAGCCCAUCUCCGAGGUGACGGUGGGCGUGUCCGUCCUCGCCGAGCGCUGCAAGAAGGGAAAUGGACGGGCGGAGUUCUGGGUGGACCUGCAGCCCACCGGCAAGGUGAUGAUGGCCGUGCAGUUCUUCCUGGAGGACGCGGACACAGAGAGCAAGCAGUCCAUCAAGGAGGAGGAGGAUGGGGCGCUGACGCUGAACCGCCGCCGCGGCGCCAUCAAGCAGGCCAAGGUCCACUUCAUCAAGAACCACGAGUUCAUCGCCACCUUCUUCCGGCAGCCCACCUUCUGCUCCGUCUGCCGCGAGUUCGUCUGGGGCCUGAAUAAGCAGGGCUACAAAUGCCGACAAUGCAACGCUGCUAUUCACAAGAAGUGCAUCGACAAGAUCAUCGGGAGGUGCACGGGUACCGCCACCAACAGCAGGGACACCGUGUUCCAGAAGGAGCGCUUCAAGAUCGACAUGCCCCACCGCUUCAAGAACUACAACUACAUGAGCCCCACCUUCUGCGACCACUGCGGCAGCCUGCUGUGGGGGCUCGUCAAGCAGGGGCUGAAGUGUGAAGAUUGCCAGAUGAACGUGCACCACAAGUGCCAGACCAAGGUGGCCAACCUCUGCGGGAUCAACCAGAAGCUGCUGGCCGAGGCUCUGACCCAAGUCAGCCAGAAGCACACUGUGGUGACGAAACCCACCAGGAGGUCCGAGUCAAACCUGUCGGACAUCGGCAUCUACCAGGACUUCAAGACCUCGGGCCUGGACGCUACCGCAGAUGGCUCGCCGUACGACAAGCUGUGGGAGGGCAGCAGCCUGCCCCGCGCGCCCUCGCGGAUCACACACCUCUCCAAGGUCACCAGCGACCACUUCGUCUUCCACAAGGUGCUGGGCAAAGGCAGCUUCGGCAAGGUGCUGCUGGCCGAGCUGCGCGGGAAGGGCGAGUACUUCGCGAUCAAGGCGCUGAAGAAGGAUGUGGUGCUGAUGGACGAUGACGUGGAGUGCACCAUGGUGGAGAAGAGAGUGCUGGCGCUGGCCUGGGACAACCCCUUCCUCACACACCUGUACUGCACCUUCCAGACCAAGGAGCACCUGUUCUUUGUGAUGGAGUACCUGAACGGGGGCGACCUCAUGUUCCACAUACAGGACAAGGGGCGCUUCGACCUCUACAGAGCGACGUUCUACUCCGCCGAGAUCAUCUGCGGCCUGCAGUUCCUGCACUCCAAAGGGAUCAUCUACAGAGACCUCAAGCUGGACAACGUCAUGCUGGACCAGGACGGCCACAUCAAGAUCGCUGACUUCGGCAUGUGCAAGGAGAACAUGUUAGGAGAGAACAGGGCCACCACCUUCUGCGGGACGCCCGACUACAUUGCACCCGAGAUCCUGCUGGGUCAGAAGUACUCGUUCUCGGUGGACUGGUGGUCGUUCGGCGUGCUGCUCUACGAGAUGCUGAUCGGCCAGUCGCCGUUCCACGGGGACGACGAGGACGAGCUGUUCGAGUCGAUCCGCAUGGACGUGCCCCACUACCCCCGCUGGAUCACCAAGGAGUCCAAGGACAUCCUGGAGAAGCUGUUCGAGCGCGACCCGACGCGGAGGCUGGGCAUCACGGGCAACGUCAAGGCACACCCCUUCUUCAAGACCAUCAACUGGAACGCCCUGGAGAAGAAGGAGGUGGAGCCCCCCUUCAAGCCCAAAGUGAAAGCCCCCAACGACUGCAGCAACUUCGACAGGGAGUUCCUGGGCGAGAAGCCGCGCCUGUCCCACAGCGACAAGAACUUCAUCGACUCCAUGGACCAGUUGGCCUUCCAGGGCUUCUCCUUCAUCAACCCCAAGAUGGAGGUGAUGCUGGAGAAGUGAGGGGCAGCCGGAGCUGGGCCGGACCGGACCGGACCGCGCUGGGGGACGGAGUAGGGCUUGGUGUCCAGUGUUACACACCUGUGUGGGGGAGGCGGGAGGGCCCAGAUGUAAAUCUGAUCAAUAAUCUACUACUCUUACAGAUCAAAUUUUAAAGAAAAAAUAUAAAAUAAUAAUGUUGUACUGUAACGUGAUUGUAAUGUACCUAGCGUAGACCCAGGCCUCGUCUUAAUGGCAGCAAUCUUGUUCUGGUAAUUACUGUUCUGUGCAUGCCAGGGAAUUGAGGGUGCCAGGUGUGCGUGUUUGUGUGUUUGUGUGUUUGUGUGUUUGUGUGUUUGUGUGUUUGUGUGUUUGUGUGUUUGUGUGUUUGUGUGUUUGUGUGUGUGUCCACACCGUGCUGGGGUGGUGGCAGACAGGACCAACAACACCACGAUUUGCUCCUUUCUUCCCAAACUCUGUGUUCCUAUUGGAGGGAAAACCAUCUAAAAUACCCCAAAGAAUUUUAAAUUUUACAACGGCUUCCAGAUAGCAAAGACUCUGUCUAGGAGCCAUUUAACCAUGAAAUCUUAUUCCUUAAAACUGGCUCCACCCUGAUCGGGGUUUUAGCUUCACAUGACAGACUAGUGCUUGUGCUGUGGAUAGCCUGUGAGAGAGACAGUGGUCAUCGGGCUCUGGUCUGCUCCUGCAGUGUCCUGUGUGUGAGAGACAGUGGUCAGUGGGCUCUGGUCUGCUCCUGCAGUGUCCUGUGUGUGAGAGACAGUGGUCAUCGGGC